AUCGUUCAACGAAUUAUAUCCUAUUCAUGCUCGUCAACCUUGCACAGCAGCAGAACGUAAAUGACAUGAAACGUUCAGAGCGAUUUUCAGAACUCUAACUUGGCUACUGAUGGUGACAGAAGUUUUGUAACAAAGAUUUUCCUCGCCAUAAAGAUCCGGAAGGAAAACCAGUAUUUAUCAUGCCGUUCAUGAAAGGACAGUCACCGGUGCGGUACACUCUACGUUACCUGGAACAAGGAAAGUUGAUGCUCAAGAACAAUGUUCGCAUUAUUACGGUGAACUACAACACAGGUCAUAAACCAAGCAGAGGAGCUUAUGACUUUGUCUUCUGGCAUCUACCUCAGCUGCAGUUCAAAAAUCCAGAUGUCCAGUUUCUGGUCUUCAAAAAUAUGACACCAUCACCCUUCCUUAGAGUGUACUUUGAUAAUGGAAAAAGCAUCCUUUCACAGCUAGACUUGCAGACCAAAGAUGAAAUUUACCAGCAUUUUAAAAGCAUCUUCUGCAAAACAGAUGAUCAGAUGCAGCAAGAGGCUUAUGUGAAGGAACAAAAGACCAACCCUGCAAACUUUGGGAUAGGCUUUCCAGUAGAAUGCAUUUGUACAAUUGCUGGCCAGGCACCCUGUACAGCCUUUGUUGCACCUCCAAAGGAACAGCGAGGCAAAUACAAGUAUAUGGGAAAAGAUGUAGAAGAGGAAUAGCCGUCAUUGAUCAACUUGUCAAGAAUAACUACUGUAUGGACGAAGACUUUGCUUUUCAUGCAUACACAUGUAGACCAAAUGAGACGCAUUAAGCUUAUUCAAAAAGUUUGAUUUUAUUCUAAGCUUAGAAACGUCAUUGCAACCUGUGAAUAGCAGAAUCAUUUUGACUUCACUGCACUUACACCAGUUACAUGACAGGAUAGCAUUGUUUUACUUUUAGCAGUUUGUUUGAAUGUGUCUGUACAACAAGGACAGGCAGAAAAAGAUAUGUGUGUGUGUGUGCAUGAAUCCUCACAUAUGGAACAUGAGCAUUUGUCAGUUAAUAAAACAGAAUACAUGAGA